AACAAGAUCAGAAAAGAUUGUCCAAAAGAACCAAAAAAGGUCUGGGAAAUUAUAGAUCAGCAUUUACAACAACUUCUAUUAAUACCAAAUUUUACUGGGAAUUAUUUAACAAGUAUUCAAAUACGAGAACAAGCUUGGUAUAAUUAUGAUUGUUGGGAAUUAUGGGCACGAUCAGCCUAUGAAAAUAAUUCAAUUCCUAAGAAAACGAUGUUUAUUGAAGGACACUGA